UGUUGCUACGUUUCCAUGGCAACCAUGAAACCCGUGAACACGAACAAAAAACGAAGACGUGGAAGAUGUAAAACCCGGAAAUUGUCCCCCAGAGUUGCUUCUGGUGAGAAGCUGUUGCCAGAUGUCGGUGCUGUGAGUCCAGAGAUAAUCGAGGAGGGUCUGCCAGCGCUCCAUGCUGCCAGCUUUUAUAAAGACCUGGCUACUAUCCAACACUUGGUGGAGUCCAGACCACGGUGGAUCAAUGAGAGUGACUCCCAGGGUUGCAGACCCCUUCACAUGGUUCUAUCCUCUCGAGGAUCUCCCAACACGUACACCUGCCUCAGAUACCUGCUGGAGCACGACGCCGAUGUCAACGUUACUACAGUUUCAGGCCAGACCCCGCUGCACCUGGCUGCUUCUGAGGGCCACCUUGAAUGUGCACGAACCCUUGUGAAGGCCGGAGCAGAUGUCCUGGUGAAAGACAACAUGGGAUUUACUCCUCUGGACUUGGCCCGCAUCUGGUGCCACAGGGAAGUAGCAAGGUUUCUAAAGAACUGUGAGUGGCUGGCUAAUAAGACCAGAGAAAUGGAGAAGAGGAAGCAAGCCCAAGCAUUAUACAGAGACCUCGUGAAUAUAAUCAAACAGAACAAUCUCAAUAAAAAGACACUUAUUGAUGAGAAGAUGGCAGCGUGGGCGAAGAACAAAGGCUUGCCCCUGCUGAAGGAUGUCCCCCCCAGGGUGCAGGUGAGCAAGUACCACAGUCAGUGUCUCUUACCAGACCAGAUCACCUCUAAACCGAAACAUCUCAAGUGCCAGCCAGAGGGGUCUGAGCGAGACAGGACUGCCAGCACUUUGCAACCUGCAGCCUCAUUCCAAAGUCCGUGGACCAUCUUCAUGGGCCUCCAGCCAGAGAACCACCCCAAAGAGCCAGAUCUCAGGGAUAGAGUCAUCUUGUGGAAGGACAGCAGCACCCAGAAGCUUCAGUACAUCACCAAGUGGGGCAGUGUGCCUCAUCCCGCUCCCGACUUGCCUCUAGAUGUUGUUGAGAGGGUGUUCUUUCCCAGAGCCUUCCCCUCCAGGAUCACCACACCGCAGGCUUUUGAGCCACUGGACAUCGAAAAGGUCCAGCAUCGAGGAUGCCCUCAGGGACGGAGCACCUCCUCCUGGACAGAGGCGGCCAUGCACCUGGCUGAGGUCCUGGAGCCUGGACACUGA